UUUGCAAAGCCUGGGCAGGGGCAGGGCCGGGCAGGAUGAGCUCCGGCGGCUGUUCGACGUGCCUGGAGACCGUCUUCGCCGCCGUCCUCCCGCCGCUCGGCGUCUUCUUCCGGUACGGCUGGUGCAGCUCGGAGUUCUUCAUCUCGCUGCCGCUGACCUUGCUCGGCUACGUUCCCGGUGUCAUCUACUCCCUCUAUGUCAUCCUGAAGACGCCGCCGGAGCUGCCGAGCAUCGACGGCGACCGCCCCUACUACAUCCUCGCCUGAGAAGCUCCU